AUGCAAUAUUUUAAUGGAUACAUUUAUGCUGCUGAUGCAAAGAAAGCUGAUAAAAAAAUAGAUGCUUCUAGUGAAAACAAAAAGUCAUUUGCAGCUCACUAUUCAUUGACUAUAAUCCAAAACAAUGAGGAUAUUGCAAAUCUUUUAGAAUUUAUUUAUAUUGCAGAAGUAGGAAGAGGUGGCAAAACUUUUUGCUACGUAGCAUCCAGUUUGAUAUUUUCUGGAUUGACAGUAAUGAUUUCACCAUUAAAAGCAUUAAUUUUAGAUCAAGUGAAAGAGUUAAUUAAAGUUGGAAUCCCAUGUGCAGGACUUUAUAUAACAAUAUGGCAAUCUUUGGAAUAUCAAGAGAAAAUUUUCCAAGAAAUUGCAAGUAAAAUGCUUAAAAUAUUAUUGAUAAUGCCAGAAAAGCUAAUACUCAAUCAAG